GCAAUGACACAGUUAUAUUUAACCAAACUCACACAUGAUCCAUGUACUAUUUGCCUCAGCUUCAGUUUUGCACGCUAAAGAUUUAAAGGACUGAAAACCAAAAUCAGAAGGCACCAUGAAGAUCCAUUUCAGCUUCUUCCUUUUGAGUGCUUUAGUCCUUUGCAUAAUGUUGCCACCUGCAAGUCUGAAAGAGCGAUUUGGAAAACCAGGUGUCUGCCCAAAACAAAAUUGUUGCAGAUGUCUUAAUCGUCAACCGGAUAGAUGCAGAGAUGAUCGUUCAUGUGAAGGAAAACAGAAAUGUUGUUCCUCUUGCUGUGGAAAGCACUGUAUGAAUCCAGAACAAGUGAGACCAGGAAAAUGUCCUCCUGUUAUCCUCAUAGGAUGUGUCAAACCUCAGCAAGAUAAAUGCACAGUAGAUGCAGAAUGUCCACAACCAAUGAAAUGCUGUUAUAAACCCUGUUCUCAACGUUGUGUGGAUGUUAGAAAAAGGAUGAACUAAUAUCCUGACAUGGACCUAUGGUAAUUAUGCCUUGCGAAACCAUCUAUUGCUUCCCUCUGUUGGCUUAACAAAUGAUUCGUUAAUGGUUUAAAUAAACUGUGCUUAAGCAUCAGCA